AUGCUCGUACCAAAUAUUUCUUCUCACAAUCGUCAUACCUUUGUUGCCAAUCGAGGUGAGCAUCAGUUUGAUCCGGGCGGCAUUCCAGUCCUUGUGUUUCUUCUUCCGCUAUCAAAGGCUAACCGAUCCUACUCAUUGCCAAAGGUCCUGGUAGACAUGCUAGCCGCCAAUGAUCACUUUUUCUACCAGUUCCUGCAACAGCAUAACAAAACAAAUGAGCAUGCCAAGAAAUCGACUCUCGUUAGCUUUGUCCUAUUGACUGUCGACAGAAUUUCUGUAGCGUAG